AUGGUUCAUUUUCGUUCCCUUGCCACUCUGCUGGUGGCCACCCUUGCCAGUGGCAUGGCCAGCGCAAGCUUUGUACAGAGGCAGAAUAAGCUUCGUGUCGAGACACACGUUGACUCUGGCCUCAGUUUCAAUAUGGUAUCAUCAAUUAUUAUUGGAUCCGAGGCAGCAGUGCUGAUUGAUGUACCACUUGCUGUCCCUGAAGCAAAUGAAUUGGCAGCGUGGGUGCGAAGCACCACGGACAAGCCUCUCCUUGCCGUGUUUACCACGCACUUUCAUCCCGAUCACUACCUAAGUGGAGGCGCAUUCCUCGAGCAUUUUCCCACUGCAAAGUAUUACGCCAACAGCAGGGCCAUUGAACAUAUCAAGAGCGAGGCUCCUGCACAGGUUGCAAGAUGGCAAAAGACGCUUGGUGCCGACAAUAUUGUGUCCAAUACCUCCAUACCAACCGCCUAUGACCAUACCUUUUUUACGUUACCCGGUAACGAAGGCGAACACAUUGAACUUGUGGGCCUUGUUAGCGGCGACACAGUUGACGAGACGCUCUUCUGGAUCCCUUCCACCCGAACCUUGAUUGCGGGCGACACCGUCUACAGCCACGAGCUGCACAUUUGGCUUGCAGAUUUGCAAACGACUGCCCUUACUUCAUCUUGGAUCGCAGGAUUAGAACUGAUUGAGUCUAUGAAGCCCGAAACUAUUGUCGCUGGGCAUGCGCUUUCCGUCCAGGGUUCUACAGCGCAGCGGAAUCUUCCCUACAGCCAGUCCUACCUUAAGUUUUGGCAGAAGAAUAUUGAAGCUAAAGGUCUCGAUUUCUACACCCCGGAGCAAAUUGUGGACAAAUUCAAUAGCACGUUCCCUGGACUGAUGGGUAAUCUUGUAUCAGCGACGUUGCUCAAUAUUACCGCUGGACAGUUUGGAAAGGGCGGCACACGUCAAUACCGUGGUAUUGAUUUGCCUGCAUAUAAUAACGCAACGUAUUUAGAAGCUUGGAAGAUCUAA